AUGAGUAACGGCGAGCUCCUCCAAAUUGACCCGCUCGAGCUCCAAUUCCCAUUCGAAUUGAGGAAGCAGAUCUCGUGUUCCAUGCAAUUAACCAACAAGUCCAAUAAUCAUGUUGCGUUCAAGGUUAAGACUACAAAUCCCAAGAAGUAUUGUGUGAGGCCGAACACAGGAGUGGUGAUGCCUCACUCUACCUGUGACGUUAUAGUCACUAUGCAAGCCCAAAAGGAGGCUCCACCAGACAUGCAAUGCAGGGAUAAAUUUCUCCUCCAGAGCGUGGUGGUGAGCCCGGGAGUUACCACAAAAGACAUUACACCUGAAAUGUUCAAUAAAGAGUCCGGGAAUCAAGUGGAUGAGUGUAAGCUGAAAGUUUCCUAUGUCUCGCCCCCUCAACCACCUUCUCCAGUGCGAGAAGGUUCGGAGGAAGGUUCUUCACCUAGGGCCUCGGUAUCUGACAAUGGGAAUGUGAAUCAAGCUUCUGAAUAUAAUUCGACAUCAAAAGCAUUUGUUGAAUCGAAGGAGAGCUCAUCGGAGGCUAAGGCCCUGAUUGCAAAGCUGACUGAGGAGAAAUAUUCUUAUAUUAGGCAGAAUCAGAAACUUGAGAAUGAACUGGAGCUGUUGAGACGUAAAAGCAACAGUGGUGGGAUCCCAUUUACGUACAUGAUCAUUGUUGGCUUAGUUGGAAUCCUGUUGGGCUAUCUUCUGAAGAGAACGUGA